UAGUAUUUGUACCUAGUAUGUCCAAAACUGUUUCUCCUUGCUUGAUUCAUUUUUUCUGAAGUUUUAUAUUUUUUGUGGGCACAUUAAAAUAAUUCAAAAUUGAUUUUACAAGAGGGCGAAUGAGCAGCGCCUCUAUGGCGGCUUGCUUCAACUACGAGAAUUCGCCGAAACAAACAAAUAAAGGCGACAAGAAGGAUACUAAUCUGAAUAUUAUGGACGCUGUAGCGAUGCACCGACCGCAGUCUGCAUCAUCACGCCAAGAUGAAGAGCUUAUGCAGAAGAGCACCAGAGCUCUUUCCUCAACAACUGACCCUCUUGAGAAGUUGAGGCUGAUGUGUCUGUCACGUGGUGCUGUCGGCAUUCUGGGCCUGGGAAGAGUGUUUCGUCGCAUGGACGAUGAUGGCAGCAAACAAUUGAAUAAAAUGGAAUUUAUCAACGGUAUCAGAGAGUCGGGUGUUGAAUUAUCAAACGCGGAUGCAGAGGAAUUAUUCGAACGAUUUGAUACGGACAAGACCGGUUCUGUCAGCUUGGACGAGUUUCUUGUGAAAAUAAGGCCGCCGAUGUCAGAAUCUCGCCGAGCUAUAAUUGAGCAAGCUUUUAAGAAACUGGACAAGUCUGGUGACGGUUUGAUCACUAUUGCCGAUAUUCGCAAUGUUUAUUCUGUGAAUUCACAUCCAAGGUACAUGAGCGGAGAAGAGACAGCUGAUCAAGUUUUGACCAAGUUCCUGGGUAAUUUUGAAACUGAAGGCACCGUAGAUGGCAAAGUUACGCUUGAAGAGUUUAUGAACUAUUACAGCGGUAUUGGCGUUUCUAUUGAGAACGAUUGUUAUUUUGACCUUAUGAUGCGUCAAGCUUACAAGCUGUAAGCUUUUCUUUUUCGUUUUAUACUGUUAUGGUAGAAAUUGAAAUCUAUACGUAUAAAGCUUUUAAUAUUUGUAAUGUGUGUAGAAAUAUAUAACAGUAAUAUUGUUCGUAACAUUUAAUUACAAUUGAUAAAAUAAUGUUUGAAUGUUUAAGUCGGUUUUUUUAUAAACAUUAAAUUUCGAGUUUGUAUCCUAUAAAAAUUGUUUAUUGUUUGAUUAUACGUAUAGAUGUAUACAUUUUAUAAGCACCUUUCGUAAUAAGUUAAUUCAUAACAACUGUAUUUUAUUAAAUUAUGUUUGUGUGA